UUGGCUGAGGAGCGAAACCAGCUCUGAGUACAGCAAAGGAUGCCAGAGUGCUCAGGCAGUGAGUUGCAUGGACGGAUGCAAGCAGGGGGAUGACGACAAGACUGGGACCGGGCAUAUUAUUAUCAUUAUUAUGAUGCUGCUUUACAGUUCAGAGUAACUUUGCAACACUAUUUCACUGAGGGGGAGCAAGUUAAGUGGGAUGUUUUGGCUGCAUGUUGUAAAAUCCCUCUUCUCAUCACCACCUGCACCACCACCGACACAGCAUCAUCCUCUCAGGAGUGAUGGGCUCUAAGUUGACCAGACAGAGAAGUCUCGAUUUUGAAAGCAAAGUGUCCAAGAAGAGACGCCAGAGGAAUGACGCUCUCCAGGGAGAGAGCGAGAAAAGAGGAGGAGGCGGAGGAGACUUCUUGUUUACCUCCUUGAUGCUCAAGUCCGACAAGCUGCCGGGGAUGCUGCGGAAAACCAACCACAGCCCGUAUGUCAGGAGGGUGGCGUGGAUCCGGGAGAUCCAGAGGCUCCUCCGGGAGCAGAGGAUGGAGCAAGCUGUAGAAGUGCUCAAACUGCUGAGGAAGGAUUUGGGACUCCAGGGAACGUCGCUCAAUGACAUUUUGUACAAGAACGCGGCUUUUCUCAACCUGGUGGACCCCAUCUCUCACGAGCUGCUGCUCAGUCUCGCCCGGGACCUGCAGUGUCCGAAAAGGGAGACGGACUCGUUCAAGUCCACCAACAAGAUCUGCCGCCAGCUCAUUUACCACCUGACCCCUCACUCCAAAUGGACGAGACAGAGCGUGCCCAUGAGGAAGUCUCAGGCCUGUCUCAAAACAACCCUGAAGAAGAAACUGUCCGGUGACGUCGUCAACCUGUCAGGCAUCCCGCUGUCUGGCCGAGACGUCAACCGCGUGGCCUUCUACCUCCAGAGCAGCAGCGACGCCGUGUCGGCGGUGGACCUGAGCUUCACCGAGCUGCAGGACGAGAGCUUGCGGCUGCUGCUGCCCUACCUCGGCUGCCUGCCGAAACUGACCAUACUGGCCGUCAACGGCAACCGCCUGACAAUGGCCAUCCUGAAAGACCUCACAGACGCGGUGAAGGAUCCUAAGAAGUUCCCCAGCUUGGCCUGGGUCGACCUGGGCAACAACUUGGACAUCUUCACCGUGCCGCAGCCGCUGCUCGUGGCCCUGCGGCGCCGCUUCGGCUUACGCAGCAGCCUCCCCACCAUUUACGAGUACAGGGAGGCGCAGGCGUUCGGCGGCUACACCCCCAACAUGGAGACAUCUGUGGAGGAGCCCAGUCUGUACGAGGAGGGAGAGGGAGAGGAGGAUGAUAAAGAGGAGGAGGAGGACAGGCUGGAGCUUCGAGCCUGGGGCUUCGGAGAAGAAAACAUGUCAAAAAAUGUGCCGCUGCACUUCUGUGGGAGGUGAUCGCCCAGAGCUGCUUUCUUUUAGACUGGCUGCCCCUCAUUUCCCUCAGUACCACCUCGCCCCGAGUCUAGCCUCCUCUGUUAGCAGCUGCUUACACUGACCCACGUGUUUCUUAAUAUAACUUUAAAAUAAGUGUGUCCCUCCGGAUGCUCCGACUACUGAUGCAGGCAGCUCUGUGGUUUUACAGACGCUAAGAAUUUAUUUAUGGAUUGGUUUAACCUUCACUUAUUCAGGAGAAGUUGAACUGAACAUUUUUGCUGUUUCUUUAUGUUCCUGUUUUGCUUCCCAUUAUUUACCACUGGGGGUUAAGUGCCUUGCACAAGUGCACCUCAACAGUAGCGGUUGAGGGAGGGGGGAGCGCUAUGAGUUCACAGUCCCCAAGCACAUGUACCCAGCUGGUCUCUCUGACAACUUCACCCCUGCUGCCCCAUUUCUGAGACAAGUCUGAAUAAGUCAAAGUAACUAAAUAAGAAAUAGUUUAAUUCCAACUGACUUUUUGCUAUUAUAUAUGUUUUUAGUCAGAACUCAACUGCAGAGAUAUUGGCCCUGUUCAGCCCUGGCACUAACAUGCGUCCUUAGUGAUCCGAGCACAUGUGGACAGCUUUAAGUGCGUCUGUUCACACCUGUUAAUAGAAUGCGUCUCCACAUGCGUCUCGAGUGACCACUUGUGAUCGGAUCUCGCUUCCCCGCUCAAUAUGCAAAUAAACACGUAGUAAACA